AUGCAAACUAGGUCUAGGUGUGGCAUUCACAAACCUAAUCCUAGAUAUGCAAACUUGCAUAAUUUGGUCUCUAUUCCUACUGAGCCAAAAUAUGUCAAAACUGCCAAAAACCACCCUGGAUGGUCUGCUGCAAUGGAAGAGGAACUAGUUGCACUUGCAGUUAAUCAAACCUGGAAAUUGGUUUCAAGAACUGCUGACAUGAAUGUCAUUGGAUCCAAGUGGGUUUACAAGGCAAAACUAAAGGCAGAUGGUACACUAGAAAGGCUCAAAGCAAGACUGGUUGCUAAAGGCUUCAGUCAAGUAGAUGGGGUUGAUUUCUCAGAAACUUUCUCUCCAGUUGUGAAGCCUGCUACUAUCAGAAUGGUCCUCACAAUUGCUACUGUGAAAAACUGGGCACUUCAUCAACUAUAUGUUAAGAAUGCUUUUUUACAUGGUUGA